UUACGGUCAUCCUUGGAUUGUGAAAUGGCGGAGCUCAGAGCUUUGUUCCUGCUCUCACUGUGCCAUACAUGUUCUGGAUUUGAGAUUGCUGUUCCUCCUUCAAAAGUUGGGAUAGUUCACACUGAUGUUCUUCUGCCCUGCACUUUCAAAGUAGAAAAAUACCCAAUAAACCCACAGUUCUUGGCCGUCUUCUGGCACUUUGGAGAAAAGGAGAUUGCAAGAUACGACAGUAAGACAAAGGAGUCUACUUCACGAUUCACCAUAGAUGGGCAAACCGUCAAGCAGGGCAAUGCCUCUCUGACCAUCCACAAUGUGGCAGUCUCUGAUAAGGGCACAUACAAGUGCACAGUGAUUUACACCCCAAGCAAUCAAGAAAAGAACAUUGAGUUAAAUAUUCUUGCUAUCCCAGUGGUCAAGAUACAUAAAAAGGCCAUCCUGAGAGGUGGGAUAAGUCUUCUCCAAUGUUCUAUCACAAACCUCUUCCCAAAAGAUAUGAAGGUGAUUUGGCUCAAAAAUGGUCAAACCAUAAGUGGAUUAGUGACACAGGAUGAUGAGACAAAUCCGGAUGAGACCUUAACAAGGAACAGCUCAGUAAAGGUCACAUUUCUUGAGGAGCAAGGUAAUCCAAAAAUCACGUGUCAGGUGGAACAUGAGUAUCUUCAAGAUCCCAUCAAGGAUUUCUACAUUGUACAAUAUGGAGAUGAUUGUAAGAGAUCGUGUCAUUUUGGCCUCAUCGGUGUCUUGGCGGGAUUGCUGGUGACUGCACUUCCAGGACUCUGGUAUUUCAUGAAGAGAGAUUCGCAGCGGUUUCAGGUGAGUCACAUUCACAGGGUAGAGACUGCAGACAACAAAGUCACCAUGUACUGUAUGGCGUCCAACUGUCCAGAAGACGUGGAGGUGACCUGGAGGAUCACAGAGAAUGAUGGAGCGAAGAUCAUAAUCUCAGAUAUUAAGCAGGAAAACGAUGAAGAAGCUGCCCUCGUGCCCGGAAGUGAUUAUUAUAAUGUGGAGACAGACCGAUCAUAUGAAGAUAAACUCCACAACGUGGUCUCUUCUCUGAGCUUUACACCAGUUGUAUCGAAGCACAAAGAGAUGGCGUUCUCCUGCACCUUCCAGUGUAACGGGAGAAGUCAGGAGAAAAGUCAGAGGUUCAGCUUCAUAUUCAAAAGGCCAGAAUCGUCAGACCCCGUGCAGAUGUCUCUGGGUGACAAUGGAGACGUCCUGUGUUCCGUCUCUCUGCAGAACUUUUUUCCUAAAGAUAUCAAGAUACAAUGGAGCCACGGCCUGGGACAUUUCCAGAAUGUAGAGACAAGUGAUGAGAAGUUUACAAAGAAUAAGGACUUUACAUUCAAUGUGAGAAGUGAAUGUAGGAUUCCCGGACAUGUCCUCAAGGAUCAAGGAUAUAGAGUACGAGCCAUAUGGAGCCACAAAGCUGAGUCUGAGCAAAAGGAGGCGUCAAUAACAGACUUUGCAUGGCGUCCGGUGAUGGAAGAGAUUGAGAAACCUACAUUCACCGAUGGUAAAGAGGCAAAACUGCUUUGCCGCGUCUCUGGGUAUUUUCCUGAUGCCCUGGAAGUGAAGUGGUUAAGAAUAGAUGCAGACAGUCAGGAAUUCUAUGUUUUAUCUGCCAGUGACAAAUACAAGAUCCCAGUAAUGGAGGCCACACUACAAGAAGAUAAGACCUUCACCUACACAGCAUGCCUGAUCCUCUCUGUGUCAGCGGCAACAGAUCAUGGCUCAGAGUUUAUCUGUCGGGUGAGACACCCCAGUGUGACGGGGCCCCUGGAGAAGAGGACGGGAGAAAUCAGGGUGAUCGGAAUCCGAGCAGUGAAUGUGACACUUCUGAACAAAGAGAAAAUAAGAGCAGAAGUUGUACAUUUCACCCCGAAUGACAUUAAAAUCACAUGGAGCCGACGUAAGGAAAACUAUAAAAACUAUAAAGUCUCUAAAAAAAAUUAUCUACAAACUAUGAAAAGAGAAAACAGUGAUGGCUCCUGCACAAGUGUCAGUGAGAUGACAUUCAAGUCUUAUUCAGGAAGUACUCAGAAGAAUAAGAGAUAUUAUAAAGUGGUUGUGGAAGACAACGCAUCGAAUACUGUAGUGGAGAAGAUCGUCCUACAAGAGAACCGUGAAUAUUAUUUAACUGACAGUGAGAACAGGAAGACGCCUUUGGCUGAAACACCUGAGCAACAAGGCACGAAUGUCAAUGAAGAAAAUGCGGCAGAGACACAGAGGACAGAAGAAGAAACGUCUCAUAGCAAGAAAAAAAAGAGCAAAGAAAAAUGGAAUAUUUUACCCAAAAUAUAUUAAAAAAGCAUGAACUUUUAAAGCUGCAAGACCGCCCCCCUUCCCCACCCCAUAAUGAAGAAGGAGUCAUUCUGCUUUUUGGUCUAUGGAUAAAUCUUUUGUAAUGUGCAGAUAGUGAGCCAGCAGCAUGAUUCCAUAUCGUAUCUAACACCGUAUCUGAUAUUGGGUAGAAACAAAGAAAACAGAAGCUUGCCAUACGGUAGCUGAUGAAGAAAUGAUGGCGGUAUGCAUGCCCAGAGGUGUAUGUAGCUAGGCUUUCCAGCGCCCAGGGCAAGGAUUUAGCAUUUAGCUCUAACUCCGCCCCAUGCAUAACUACACUCACCCACCUACAGUCAGGUCCAUAAAUAUUGGGACAUCAACACAAUUCUAACAUUUUUGGCUCUAUUCACCACCACAAUGGAUUUGAAAUUAAAGGAACAAGAUGUGCUUUACCUGCAGACUGUCAGCUGUACCCGCAGACUGUCAGCUUUACCUGCAGACUGUCGGCUGUAAUCUGAGGUAUUUACAUACAAAUGUAUGAUGUGUACAUCUGUGCCUCCCACUUGUUAAGGGACCAAAGGUAACGGGACAGAAUAAUAAUCAUAAAUCAAACUUUCACUUUUUAAUACUUGGUUGCAAAUCCUUUGCAGUC